AGCGCUUCCUUUGCCAAGAUGGCGCCUGGAGGUAGUGGCGGCGGCGGUGGCGGCGGCGGCCCGCGCUCGAAAAACGAGGCUGACUCCGGCUUUCUGGGGCUGCGGCCUACGUCGGUGGACCCGGCUCUGCGGCGGCGGCGGCGAGGCCCACGAAAUAAAAAGAGAGGCUGGCGGCGGCUCGCUCAGGAGCCGCUGGGGCUGGAGGUUGACCAGUUCCUGGAGGACGUGCGGCUGCAGGAGCGCACGAGCGGUGGCUUGGUAUCCGAGGCCCCCGAUGAGAAACUCUUCUUCGUGGACACUGGCUCCAAGAAAAAAGAGCUGAACAAGAAGAGGACCAAAAGCCAGAAAAGGUCACUUCUCAAGAAACCCCUUCGUGUUGACCUCAUCCUAGAGAACACUUCCAAGGUCCCUGUCCCCAAAGAUGUCCUCGCCCACCAGGUCCCCAACGCCAGGAAGCUCAGACGGAAGGAGCAGCUAUGGGAGAAGCUGGCCAAGCAGGGCGAGCUGCCCCGGGAGGUGCGCAAGGCACAGGCCCGGCUUCGCAACCCUCCUGCCGUCAAAGCCAAGCCCGGGCCCCAAGACACCAUCGAGCGGCCUUUCUAUGAUCUCUGGGCCAAAGACAAUCCCCUGGACCAGCCCUUGGCCGGCCAGGAUGUCUUUUUCCUGGAGCAGACCAAGAAGAAAGGAGUGAAGGUGAGCCGUGGCAGCAGGGCGUCCUGGGCGGCUGGUUGGAGGAGGGCCAGGGUGACAGGAGCUGCCCCGCACAUAGGCCCCAGCACCUCGGUCCCGCUGUGGCCAGGACCACACACGCAGGGAUCCAGACCCGAUGCGAGAGCAGGCAGGCGGUCAGCAGGAGGGGCUCCGGGGCCACGAGUGAAGGUCGCUGGAAAGAGGCCUGUCCUGACAGGUUCACCAGGGGCGGCAGCUGUACCGAGGGGGAGGGGAGGGGGAGGGGCCAGCCCCGUGGAGGGAAGGUUUCCGGGGAGGCCCACCGCCGGCUCCGGGCUGACCGGCCCGGCCCUCCGGCAGCGGGUGCAGCAGGCCGCGGUGCGGGCCGCCCGGCUCCGGCACCAGGAGCUCUUCAGGCUGCGUGGGAUCAAGGCGCAGGUGGCCCGGCGCCUGGCGGAGCUGGCGCGGAGGCGGGAGCGGCGGAGGGCACGGAGACUGGCCGAGGCGGACAAGCCCCGCAGGCUGGGGCGGCUCAGGUACCAGGACCCCGACAUCGACGUGCAGCUCAGCUCGGAGCUCUCGGGCUCGCUGAGGACCCUGAAGCCCGAAGGCAACAUCCUCCGUGACCGGUUCAAGAGCUUCCAGAAGAGAAACAUGAUCGAGCCUCGGGAGAGAGCCAAGUUCAAGCGCAAGUACAAAGUGAAGCUCGUGGAGAGGCGGGCGUUCCGAGAGAUCCAGUGAGUGGCCCUCCCCUUGGCCAGACCCCGGAGAGGGCAGCCCCCCAGACGCACUUGAACUCGUGGUCGGGGCGCGGAGAGGCCCCAAAGGGAGAUGGAAGAGCCCAGACUAGAGUCGGGGGGUGUCGGGCGGGUGAGGC